UGGGCUUUCCAAUAGGGGCUGCCGGUGAUGGCCGACGAAAAAGCGGCGAUUGCGAUCUCCAGCAGAGAUAGAGAGCGAGAUCUACAGCUUCUAAUUCCCGUUGCCGGCUCGCCAAAUGACGUUGCUGCCUCUUGUAAGCCCUCAUCCUCUUCAUCGUCCUCGCAGCAGACUGGACGCGAGACAUUUUACAGAGUCUUUAGGAGCUGGGCCUCAAAAAAGUUCAUGACUGGAUGUGUCAUUUUAUUUCCAAUUGCAAUAACUUUCUAUAUAACGUGGUGGUUUAUUCACUUCGUGGAUGGAUUUUUUUCUCCGAUCUAUGCAAAACUUGGAAUUAAUAUCUUUGGUCUUGGAUUUGCAACAUCUGUAUCGUUCAUCUUCCUUGUUGGGGUGUUCAUGUCAUCAUGGUUGGGCGCUUCUGUUUUGGCUCUUGGAGAGUGGUUCAUCAAGCGCAUGCCAUUUGUUCGUCAUAUUUACAAUGCUUCUAAGCAGAUUAGUUCUGCUAUUUCACCAGAUCAAAAUACCAAAGCCUUCAAGGAAGUUGCCAUCAUUAGGCACCCUCGUAUUGGUGAAUAUGCAUUUGGGUUCAUUACUUCAACUGUCACUCUCCAGAGUUAUUCUGAAGAGGAGGAGCUGUGUUGUGUAUAUGUUCCCACCAAUCAUCUUUACAUCGGUGAUGUUUUCUUAGUCAACUCUCAGGAUGUUAUUAGACCAAAUUUAUCAGUUCGGGAGGGAAUCGAAAUCGUCGUGUCUGGAGGCAUGUCGAUGCCACAGAUACUAUCCAUACUGGAUUCAGAUAUCCGGCCAAUUGAUGCUAGAAGACGGACUAGAAGCUGAGACCGAAGAUGUAGAAUUGCUGGCUGCUAAUCAUCAAUAUACGGUUUUGGGGAUGACAAAUUAGUUGCUCUGCCUGGCUGGGCAUCAAAACCUUUAGUUGGCAAAGCAUAACUUAUAAUAGAAAUUUGUUCCUGGUAGUUGAAAUUUAAUGUUAUAAAAUAGUUGUUGAUCCAGUAUAGGAAAUGGGUGUGCAUUAGAAACUUCUCUUCAUUCUAAUUCAAUCGAGCGUGUUUACUUUCUUC